AGCCAGCUCUGAAUACAGCACAGGGUCGACACUGAUGCCUCAUCUGGCUGGUGAAGCCGGAGAAGAAACUCAAGCUAAGAUAGAUGCACUGCACCAGGAUAUACUGUCAAGUCCUAUCCAAGAGCAGAAUUGCGGGAACGAAGAGGAGAAAAGGACUCCUUCUGGAGCAAACACAAAUCAAGCAGUCGAUAUAAUCCCAUCAUGUAACGACCAAACAAACAAUAUAGUUGCUUCUACCUCAUUGGGCAUAGAGUUCAGUUCCCCAGUCCAAGUCACCCCUCUUUUCAGAUCUCUAGCAGCAGGAAUACCCAGCCCAAAUUUUUCAGAAAGUGAAAGGAACUUCCUACUUAAGACCCUUGGAAUGGAGUCCCCUUCUAAUCCAGGAAUCAAUCUUUCACAACCGCCACCUUGCAAACGAGUCCUCCUCCAUAGUCUAUAAAUAACCUCUUAUCAUCUCUUAUAAUGAAAUCAACAUCAGUCUAUGGUCCGUAUAGACUUAUACCUCAUAAUUUGUUUCCUUGAGCAACAUAGCUCAUAUUGAGUUUUCAUUCAUUUUUUCUUCUUUUUUUGUCCUAGGGUUGCAGUCCUUGCCUGGAAUUUUACAAUAAGGCAUUUAACGGUCUGCAUUCCUAACUCAUUGGCUUAGAAAUGUCUUGGUGCAUUCUAGCUUCUCAGACACAUCCAAUAAGAUGUCC